AUGGCCGAUGAUGCUCAGCAUGAACACACCUUUGAGAGCGCCGACGCUGGCGCCUCAGCCACGUUCCCCAUGCAGUGCUCUGCCCUGCGCAAGAACGGCUACGUCGUGAUUAAAAACCGCCCCUGCAAGAUUGUCGAGAUGUCUACCUCCAAGACUGGCAAGCACGGCCACGCUAAAGUCCACCUGGUCGCCAUCGACAUCUUCACCUCGAAGAAACUGGAGGAUCUCUGCCCUUCCACCCACAACAUGGAGGUGCCGAAUGUCUAUCGCAAAGAAUACCAAUUGCUUGAUAUCACCGAUGACGGCUUCCUGUCUCUCAUGUCCGAUGAUGGCUCCACCAAGGAUGAUGUCAAACUCCCAGAGGGCGAGGUGGGUGACAAGAUCGAGAAGCUCUUCCGUGUCGAGGAGAAGGAUACCAACGUCGUCGUUUUGACUGCCAUGGGUGAGGAGGUUGCUAUGGAUGCCAAGGAAGCCCCCCGCAGCUAG